AUGUGGCUCAUCAACACCAAAACCUUACAGCUCGAGGAGUUCGUCGACUCCUCCACUGUCAAGUACGCCAUCCUCUCUCACACAUGGGGCGACGAAGAGGUCACCUUCAACGAUAUGCGCCACUUGAAGAGGGCGAAGAAGAAGAAGGGGUUCAAGAAAAUCGCCAAAACGUGCGAGCUCGCCUUUCAUCGAGACCUGGAGUACGCCUGGGUUGACACCUGUUGCAUCGACAAGACCAGUAGCGCAGAGCUCAGCGAGGCCAUCAACGCAAUGUUUUCAUGGUAUCGGAACUCGACUGUCUGCUUCGUCUUUCUAGAGGACUUUGAACCCCUUCCAAAACGACAUCAUCGCCCGUCGGGGAUAUUCCGUCCUUCUUCAUCGGCCUUCCAACUCUCCGACGAAGACUCACUCUGGAGCGGCAUGCGCCCACCACACGACCUGCAAGGCCUCAAGUUCUGUAAAUGGUUCACGCGUGGGUGGACCUUACAAGAACUCAUUGCCCCGCAAACGGUCGAGUUCUACGACUUCAGCUGGCGAUUCCGGUUCACGAAGGAAAGCCGAGCCAGAAUGCUUUCCAAAAUUUCCCGCAUCGACAUCGAAAUUCUGACAAUGAAGAAGAGCCUUGCAGACACCCUUGUUGCUGUCAAAAUGGCAUGGGCGGCGUAUCGACAAACAAAGCGGCCCGAGGAUAUUGCGUAUUGUCUUCUUGGUAUAUUCGACAUCAACAUGCCGAUGUUGUACGGAGAAGGCCAGAAGGCUUUCCAGAGGCUCCAAGAAGCAAUCAUCAACCAAACAAACGAUCCGUCCAUACUCGCAUGGUUGGCUGUCAAUGGAGAUCAAAGAUAUCGAGGUGUUCUCGCCCGAUCUCCCCUAGAGUUCGCCCAUUGCUCGGAAGGCUGGUCCGCUUACAAAACGGAACCGAAACCCAGGAUCGAUCUCAACAACAGAGGCGUCAAAAUCACGGGCAAUCAGAACUAUGUAGAGGGAUCUGACUUCAUGGAGGGUGAAGAUCCCGACGUCGAGAUUCACUUUUAUGAAGCCCGCUCUGUGCCGGGCUGGGAAGGAGACAAUGGCGAAGACAUCAACGGGUUCACAGGAAUUUUGGAUGACGCCAGUUUGGAUGCUGUGUUGGAGCAAUACAAAAAGGAGAAACAGAGUGGGAGGUAUCGACCGCAAACGACAGUCUCUCUCAGACGACGCGGUAGCCCUUUCCGCGUGGCGUUUGGGGUGAGGACUGAGGGACGGAACGUCUUUCUUUUCCACAUACAGUUACCGAGCAGCAGCAGUACAGCAGAAAGCAGCCGAUCGCUCGAAGACAUGGGCGAGGAUAGUGCAGAGGACGAGGAGAGUAUCGGCGGCUGGACGACGCAGAUUCGGACUCGGGUGUCGGCCAUGUCACCCGAGUCGGCUCUCGACUCAGGAGCAACUCGGCACCCGGUCACGAUGUUCCACCAACAAGGCACCCAUCGAGCGAUCCUGGGCAUGGCCCAGAAGAAGGACAAACAUCGCUGA